AUGGCGAAAAGGAUACACAGCACUAUCGCACAGGCCGGCGUAGUGUGCCUGUUGCUCAUCAGCUUGCUCGUCGCAUACGAUCUUUUCUCGGGGCGCGAAUACUUUGACAUCGCGUACAAGCCAUUCCGUACGCUCUCUUCACCACACACCUUCACCUUGCCGUCGUCGUCGAACCUGACGUCAAAAGAAGCAUCGAUUGAACUAACACUUGACUCAGGAAAGCCAAACCCGACCGAAGCAGCGCACGGAGCAGCUCCACACAAUGAAGAAAAUCAGACGAACACUGCCGUAACAUCGCCGGCGAUCGCGCCGUCGCAUACGCCACUACCCCCGAUUUCUACUCCGACGCCGACGCCACCGCCGGUGCCUUCCUCAGAUGUGGGCGACGGCGCCAGCUCCACAGUGCCGGACGCCAACCCGGAACACCUCAAAAACGCACCGCUCUACAUCGCCUCGAUCCUCGACCCAGACAACAAAUCUCUAUCCAGGCUGGACUGCCCUCGCCCCGACAUCUCACGCUACCAUUACCUUAAGCCAGGCACCACACUCAAGAAACCCAAAUUCUUCAUCGCCCUCAACAUACGUGAGAAGGCGGACCUCCUCCCGCGACUCCUAGGCUCCAUCGUCGAGGCACUCCAUUUCUUGGGCCCGGAGAAUUGUGUCCUCUCAAUAGUGGAAGGCAACUCGGGCGAUGGCACCUACGAGAUCCUCCACCUCCUUCGUCCGGAAAUCGAGAAGCUCGGCACCGAAUAUCACUUCUCCCGCAGCGACCUCGACCCCGGCGCGGGCGACCGCAUCCCCAAACUGGCCGAGCUGCGCAACAUGGCCCUCGCCCCCCUCGUCUCCGGUGGGCCAGGCAAGUACGCCGCCGACGCAGUAGUUCUCUUCCUCAACGACGUGGCCAUUUGCCUAGAAGAUAUUCUCGAACUCGCGCACCAACGCUUAUACCUGGGCGCCGACAUGACGUGCGGCUUCGACUGGACCUACGUCGGCCCCGAUCCGACCUUUUACGACGUGUGGAUCAGCCGCACCAUCGCGGGCGAUUCCUUUUUCGAGAUUCCGCCUGACGGCAACUGGAACUCUGCGUGGAACAUCUUCUGGAACGAGGAUACCUCGCGCCGGCGCUUCUUCGACCACAAGCCGCUGCAGGUGUUCUCGUGCUGGAACGGGGCCGUGGCGAUGACGGCGAGACCGUUGGUGGAUCGACUUGUCAGUUUUCGGGCGCCCGGGCCGGGGGAGUGUUUCCAGGGCGAGCCGCAGCUUUUCUGCAAGGAUCUGUGGAAUGCCGGGUUCGGCAAGAUUGCGGUGGUGCCAAGUGUCAAUCUAGAGUACAGUGACGAGGCCGGGAGGAAGAUUAAGGCAGCAAAGGGAUAUACCAGUCAGUGGGUGGGAGGCGAGGACGAGGUGCAAGAUUUCAGGGUGGAUUGGAAGGCUGAUCCGCCUGAGAAGGUGAAGUGCAUGGCGAGUUAUGACAAGCAGAUGUGGGAGCCCUGGAAUCAAGCGCUGGAGUAA